AUGUCGCUCCCCGGGAAUGGAAUAUUCGUUGUCCAGGGUGAGAUGGCGAUGCUCGUCACAUCCAUGCGACGGAGCACUCGUUGGGGAUCUCAUUCUUUUCCUAACGAAGAGUAUGAUGUUUUGAUGAAAACUUUCCAAGACUUGAAGACAAUUCUCAAUCAAGUGGAUGAUUUGAGACUCCUGGAUCCAGCAACAUAUCUCAGUCCCUUUUUAGAAGUAAUUAGAAGCAAGGAAACUACAGGGCCUGUGACUAGUUUGGCAUUAUCAGCAAUACACAAGUUUUUAUCUUAUGGACUAAUAGAUCCAACCCAUCCUAGUGUACCAGCUAUUGUAGAAGAUAUAGCAGAUGCAGUCACACAUGCUCGAUUUGUUGGCACUGACCAUUCUUCAGAUGGUGUGGUACUUAUGAAAAUAUUGCAAGUUCUUCACACACUCAUGUUGAGUCCCGAAGGAGCCAUGUUGACUGAUGAAAGCGUAUGCGAAAUUAUGCUCAGCUGUUUUCGCAUUUGUUUUGAAACAAGACUAUCAGAAUUACUUCGACGCAAUGCUGAACAGUGCCUGCGGGAUAUGACCCAACUGAUUUUUAUGAGGCUGCCUCAGUUCCCACCAGAAGACACCUCUGUCGCGAGUUUCUCUACUGUGGGCGGCCUUUCCUUGAAAAAGCGUGACAAAUCAACUAAGAAGAAAAGCUUGACUGGGAGUACUAGUAAUUCUUUAGAACGGAAAUCACCAACAUUGGAGCAUUCAAACUCGAGCGUCGCCGAGCAUGACGCCGGCGGUGACGUCACUAAGGCCGACACCAGUCUAAGGCAUAGCCAAGACAAGAACUUGAUAAACGAGGCUGAGAUAACUAUAGAGCCCGUGGAUUCAGCCAAAAGUCCGACCAAGAAGCAUGGACGCCACUCCUCUAUGGACUUGGCGGCUUCGAACCCGUCCAUAACCCAGUUGCUGGAGAAAUGCGUGGGCAACGCCGAGGGGCAGGCCGAUGCGCCCGCUGAGACACCGCAGGAAAACGGACCCGACACCAGUGAGAAUAGUAUUGUUGCUGAAACCGAGAGUCCACCUUGUGAUCCACCACCUACGGAAGGCUCGGGCUCCGCUGCGGGCCAGGAGUACAUCAACCCGCGCGGCAUCAGGUUCACGCCGCAGCAGCAGCCGCAGCUGCAGCCCUACGGCAUCGCCUGUGUGAGGGAGCUGUUCCGGUUUCUGAUCUCUCUCUGCAAUCCCCUGGAUGGUCAGAACACGUCAGGCAUGGUGCAGUUAGGCUUGGCCCUGGUAGGAACCGCCUUAGAAGUGGCUGUCGAUCAGCUGCCCACCCAUCCGGCUUUGUUCCAGCUCGUACGCGAUCCACUGUGCAGGAAUCUUGUUAGCUUGCUGAGCACCGAGAGGAUAUCUAUAUUCGCAUUAGACCUCCAAGUGUCCUUCUUGCUAUUCGAAGCUCUUCGCUUCCAUCUAAAAUUCCAAAUGGAGGCUUACUUCAAGAAGCUAAUCGAAAUCAUAUCCGCCGACACGACCAAAGCGAUAUACGAACUUAAAGAAAUCCACCAUCUCACACUAGAGAGCUUAGCGCAAAUGUUCAGAAUACCCGGGUUGUGUACCGAGUUAUAUCUCAAUUAUGAUUGCGAUGUCUACUGCACGAAUAUCUUUGAAGAGUUGACAAAGUUGCUGUCCAAAAACGUAGUCUCCUCCACAGCUUACAAUGUCCAUACUUUGUCUUUAGAAGCUCUUAUGACGAUUAUAGACGCUAUUGAGAUUGGUACGCAGCCAGAGAAAGUGGGAGAAGGUAGGAGUGAGAUGGAAGUAGCACUUGUUGAGAGUGCGAGCGAGACAAAAUAUGGGCGGGCGGGACACGUUUCUUUAGAGCUGGGAGGAAUGGAUGACGCUUCUGUGGUCAGUGAUCAUGUAACGCAUGAUAUCAGUCAGUAUAUCGGAAGGACUGGACGCCAUAAACUGACGUUUAACCUGCCUACGGAAGCGGAGUUGGAUAAUAUCAGGAAUAUGAAAAAGUGGGUAACACAAGGCACCGAGUUGUUCAAUCAGAAGCCGGAGCGCGGCAUAGAAUUCCUUCAAGAGCACGGAGUGUUGAAAAAUCCAUUGGAUCCUUAUCAAGUGGCUGCGUUCCUUAGAGAAAACCCGGAUUUGGACAAGAAAAUGAUUGGCGAGUACAUAUGCAAACGUUCGAGCCGCGACGAAGAAGGCGAGGGGCCUAGUGUCUUAGGUGCCUUCGCCGAAAGUUUCGACUACGCUGGCCUACGCAUAGAUCAGGCCUUAAGACUAUAUCUGGAGACAUUCAGGCUGCCGGGAGAGGCGCCGCUCAUAUUCCUGGUCAUGGAGAGGUUCGCGGAACGAUGGCAUAGCACAAACGGCGAGCCGUUCGCCAAUACAGACGCGGCUUUCCGUCUCGCGUACGCCGUGAUAAUGCUCAACAUGGACCAACACAAUCACAACGCGAAGAAACUGAAUGUGCCCAUGACUUCAGACGACUUCGUGCGCAAUCUGAGGGGCUGCAACGGAUCCGGGGACUUUGAUCAAGCGAUGUUGCAGGCCAUAUAUAACUCUAUCAAGAACGAAGAAAUGGUGAUGCCGGCGGAACGAGUGGGCCCCGUACGGGACGCGUACCUAUGGCGCGUGUUGCAGCGACGCGGCGCCACGUGGGCGGCCUCGUACUGCGGGGCCGGCCACGUGGCGCCGCACCACCACCACGCGCGCGCCUUCACGCAAGCCUGCCCGCCCACGGUAACAGCAUUAUCAGCGGCAUUCGAACGCGCUCCCGCGCCUACUGCAGACGAAGUAUCAAGCGGUAAUGGCAACGGAGCGGCCUUCGUGGCUCUGAACGGGCUCGAGCGAGUGGCUGCCUUGAUAGCUCGCCUUCCUAGGGCAGAGCCGCAAGAGGCACCCACUGUGGACACGCUGGCUUUAACUUUAGCCAAGUUCACGGGCUUACUGGCACCACCGCCGCAUCACUCCAACUAUAUCACUAUAGGUGUGACAUUAGGUCAGUCUACCAAAGCUCAGCUAGCUUUAAGACGCGUUUGUACCGUCGCAGCUCGACAUGCGGACUACCUGCGAGACUCGUGGCGACAUCUGUUGGAAAUUGUUAAAACUCUUUACAUCGGUCGUUUGCUACCCAAGAGUAUGGUGGAAGUGGAAGAUUAUCUAGCACCCAACGGGACUGUUUCAUUGAUCAGGGAAGCCGCGAGAGGAUCGGAAGCUGGCCUAUUCUCUAGUCUGUACUCUUACAUAGCCCUCGGGGAAUCUGGAAUGCGUGCGCCCACGCCGCACGAGAAAAGUCUGAUCGACGUGGCUACCGAAUGUGUGAGCGGCUGCAACCUGCCCGGCCUGCUUGUUUCCGAAACUAAGUUUCUGCAGCUGGAGAGUUUGCAGGAAUUAGUUCACGCCAUGGUGACAGUGGGUACGCCUCCAGACUCGGACAGCUUGCAACUCAACCCGCAACUCGAAGAUAUCACUAUAUUCUUCCUGGAAUUGCUGGGUCAAACACUUAUACAGAACAGGGAUCGUUCCCUGAGCGUUUGGGAGGCGUCGAGCGCUCACUACAUGCGCGUCGUGUGGUGGGCGGGCACUCGCAGCGCGUACACGAUGCGGCGCGCACUAACCGCCCUCCUGCGGGGCGGCGCGCGGCUCAUGCGCUGCCAUCAGUGCGUGGGGGCCGUGCUGGCGCUGCUGCACGCGCUGCUGGCGCUGCCCUACCGCCUCUACUACCAGCACGCGCUAGUGAUAUCUUGCGGCUUAUACGAAGUGGUGAAGACCAGCGCUCAGAACAUACACAGCGCGGAGGAGUGGAGCAUUCUACUGUCUUUACUGUGCGCUGCUGGAGCAGGGGCUUGGCCACGCCGCCCGCCCUCUGCUGGCGUCGCUCAAUCCGAACAAUAUCAAACAGCGUCGAGUCGGUCAGAGGGCUCUGAUGAUGAGAGCGACCGACGACCGAAAAGCGUCUCGUCGGAGAGUGAACUGUCACAAUCACCACAGCAAGGAUGGAUACUGGUGAAGAACGAGCCAGCUUCUAGUCCGCCGCCCGAUUCCGAAAGCAGCUGGUGGGAGAGCAUGGACGUUACUUUGCGGCGUCACCGCGCCGACGCGCUGUCCCGCUGCUGCGAGGCGCUGGCGCUGGUGGUGCGCGACGUGGCGCACGUGACGCCCUACAACUGCCGCGCCGCCGUGCGCUGCGUGCGGCUGUUCGCGCGCGCCGCCGCGCUGCAAGCCAAGAAAUCACAGGAUGGAAAAAAGCAGAGGUCGAGCUCUUCACGGCGGCAGAAUCCUGACUCGAGCGACGAGGAAGUUGACACCCUAGAUCAGUACCACAUGGUCAGCAUACAGUUGCUGGAUCUAAUGCACACAUUACACAGUAGGACCGCCCAGAUAUUCAAAUGGUGGCAUGACGAGGCAGACCAGGGUCAAGGUGCUGAGGAGUAUGAUCUCUGGGAGGUUGCAUGGAUGCCCUUAUUGCAAGGGAUCGCAGAGUUCUGCACAGACAGACGGAAACAGGUGGCGAACAGCGCCAUAGCGUAUCUCCAACGCGCUCUGCUGGUGCCUGGACUCUCCCCUGGGUCGGGGUCGUCGUCAGGGUCAGCAGGCGGGGCGUGGGAGGCGUGCUUCCAGCGGGUCUUAUUCCCACUGCUGGAGAGAUUACCACGACGCAACCAUAUUGCUGCUAGGGCUAACACGAUUAUGUGCAAGGUGUUCCUGCAACACCUAUCGGCGUUGUCGCCUCGUGCCAGCUUCCCUACGUUAUGGGCACGAGUGGUAGAAGUGCAGGCAGCUUUGGUACGAGCUGGUGCUGACGCUGGAACCGACGACGCUCUCACCGAGGCUGCGCUUGAGUCACUCAAGAAUAUGCUGCUCGUGAUGGACAGCGUGCGGAUUUUCAGCAAUGGCGACACUUACAACGACCUAUGGUACAUGACGUGGGAGAAGAUCGGCGAAUUCUUGCCCAAUCUAAAGGACGAGCUCUUCCCUGAAGCUAAAGAGUCUGCCCCAGCCAGUGUUCCCAGCCACAUGCAGCCGCCAUUGCCAGUGCCGACCGUAGUGCCAGUGCCCAACAGUACGCCAUCCAACCUUAUAACCAAUCCCCAACUCCCAAAAAUCGUUUCGCCUAUCCCCCAAUCCUUACAGGCUUCGUCACCAAUAUUGGUGCCAACGGCCCAAUCGCCCGUGAACUUGGGCCAAUCCCCGCCGAUGUUGGUCACAGCUCCAAUCCCCGUGACUCCAGGAAUGGUGCCGAUAAGGAAUCCUUUGUACGAUCAGGCGGGACUCACGUCUUCUGUGCUUCUUCAGCCCUUGAACGAGAUGAUAUCUACACCGAUAGGUAUAUCGAUACAGUCACAGAUGCCGAUCUUGUACCCGCAGACCACGACGGAGCUUCUACAGACGCAAACCUUACCAACAGACCCAAUCAAAACAGAGUCUAAAUUACCACAUUCCAUCGAAUCCGUGCCGGAUGUACAGAGAGGCGAAUUGUACGCCGAAUAUUUGACGAAUCCGUACCACGAAACUAAGGAUUUGUCGUCAAAGGAAGCAACUUUGUACGACCCAGAAAGUCUUAUAGUAGAUCAAAAAUUGCCCAGUACCGGAAUAGUGGAGAUAAGCAAACCCCUACUUGAUGUUUUAGAAAAGCAGAAAUCAUUAAGUGCCAAUACCACCCCUAUGCACAACGCUAAUAAAGCUCAAUUCGGCUCGAGCGACAACUUGAGGCAGGAGUCUAGUAUUUUCAACUUCACCAGUUACUUCAGUUCGGUGAACGAAAGAAAUUCUGAAGUUUUCGACGCACUUAUGUCCACACAGGAAGGAUAGCUCGAGUGUGAUGUCGGCACAUGGCUCUAAAUUAUUGCGAGUGUAUGAUUUGACUAAAGACAGGUUAUGGAAAAGUUGCUGAUUUGACUAGAGAGAAAGUAAAGGUCUCUACGCACUAUCC